AUGGCAGGGCACUUUUGGAGCUCUCAGCUGUGUCGUGCCUCUGUACGUGCCUCGAGAGGUACACUUCCCGCUUCGGGGCGGUUCUCGGCAGCAUGUCAACGAAGACAGAAUACAAAUUCUUCCUCUACACAAACAAAUGAGAGUGGCAAGAAUGGUUCUGAAAAAGAAAAGGAGGAGAAUGAGGGUGCUAUGUCUCGCCGUCUGUCCCAGAUGGCCGAGGAUGCGAUGUUAGAGGGCGGCCGAUCUGCGCGGCGUAAUAUAGAGCAGGCGGGGUUCUCUGAAGAACUGAAGAGACAGCUUGAGGAGCGAGUGAAGGCAGCUUCGUUUAAGAGCGAACAUUCUGCCGCUCAUUCAAUCCUUAAUAUGCCGACCAGCGCAGGCCAGGGCACUCGCGAGACCGCCGCCGCACCAGCAUGGACAGGAACAGAAAGUGUACAAGAUACCACACUUCGUAUGCUAGAUGACGCUAGCAAACCCAUCCGCGCUCCAUACAAGAUUCCACAGCCAGUCAACCUUCGACCGGCCCCAAAACCCAAACAUACCCCUGGCACUCGCCUCGCGGCAGCAAAGGAGCGGACGUCCACAUAUGCAAUGAGCCAAGCACCUGGCCUCACAGAAGACGAGCGGGAAGCGAUGCGCCGCGAGAUGAGGGAGAAACUGACGCCCGGCGCACACGCAAUGCCUAUUUCCAUCCAAGGCUUGUCAUCGCUUGCCAACGAACGAAUUGAGGACGCCAUUGCGCGCGGGCAAUUCCAGAACAUCCGUCGUGGAAAAGGGAUCAAUACAGCGACAGACCAUAAUGCCAACAGCGCCUUUAUCGAUACGACAGAGUACUUUAUGAACAAGAUUAUCCAGAAACAAGAGAUUGUGCCACCGUGGAUUGAAAAGCAGCAAGAGCUGGCCUCGGAGCUUAGUCGAUUCCGCCAGCGCAUUCGCACCGAAUGGAGGAGACAUGCUGCUCGAUUGAUUGCCAGCCAGGGCGGGUCUCUGGACGAUCAAAUGAAGCGUGCCAGAGGAUAUGCUGCUGCUGAGCGCCGCCUGGCCGAAAAAGCCAAGAUAGAAGCGUCACUGCGCAAUACCGGCGUCAGUGAUCACACAUUUUCAGAGAUCACUCCUGAUGGUCGGAUCGUCUCAAAGGUCCAGGCGUCGGAAGUAUCAGCCGAAUCAGGUCACAGCAACGGAGACGUACUAGAGGAGCUGCACCUAGCUCCAUUACGGGAUCCCGAUUAUCUUGCGAUAGAGCGCUCUUACCAUGAACUUGCCGUGAAACAACUGAAUGCCAUCGCCCGCUCUUACAACCUACAAGCUCCUCGAUCUGCCCAGAAACCAUAUGUCAAUCUUGAUCGUGAGCUCAACGCGUGUUUUGCGGAGGUGGCACCGCAGCUGGCGGAGGAAAUUCGACGCCGUGCAACAGAGCGAGUACGCCCCUCGGUUUCGACCAGUGGGUCGUCUGCGAGUGUAUUCGGCUCGUUGGGAUCUGCCUCUUCGGUUCGCGUGUAUGAGGAAGAUAAAGAAAAGGGCUAUGGAAUGAAAGAACUAUGGCGAGAUCUAUUCUCGAAGGAGAGGAAAUGA